AUGUCUUCCACAGAAUCCAGUCCACCACCAACGCUGGCCCUCGAAAAGCAAGCUACUCGCGUUGACAACGAUGGCAAAGUCGUUUUCAAACCUUCGCGGGAGUUCCUCCUCGCCUUCGGUGCCCUCUGCACUGUUGUCCUAGCAGUUGCAAUAGAUGCGACAACUCUCUCCGUCGCCCUCCCGACAAUGAGUACUCAGUUGGGCGGUACGGCCCUCGAAGCCUUCUGGUCCGGCACCAGCUUUCUGCUCGCAAGUACCGUUCUCCAACCAACGAUUGCGGGGUUGAGCAUCAUAUUUGGGCGGAAAUACAUGGUCUAUGUUGCUUCACUUCUCUUCGCCGUGGGCUCAAUAGUCGGUGCUGUUGCCAAUGACUUCACUAUCGUCAUUGUCGGACGCACCAUCCAGGGCGUAGGUGGUGGAGGUAUUCUCGCGCUCAGCGAGGUCAUCGUCACAGACCUCGUGCCACUGGCUGUACGAGGACAGUGGUUCUCAAUGCUCUCGGCCAUCUGGUCCGUCGGCAGCGUCACAGGGCCCCUAAUCGGCGCUGGCUUUGCCCAGAACGUCAGUUGGAGAUGGAUCUUCUGGAUUAAUGUCCCAAUCAUAGUGUUGGGCGUCGUCAUGGUCUUUUUCUUCCUGAAGCAAACCAAGAUACCGGGUGAUUUCAUGGGCAAGCUCGGUCGGUUCGACUGGUUGGGCAGUUUUCUUUUCACGGCAGGCUCGACAAGUUUCCUAUUUGGAAUCUCAACCGGCGGCGUUAUGUAUGAAUGGAAUUCAUUCAGAUCGUUGCUACCGUUAAUCUUGGGCGUCGUCAUCCUCGUGGUUUUCGGCUACUGGGAGCUAAAGCUAGCGAAAGAACCCAUCAUUAACAAAGGUAUUUUCAACAACUGGACUAUGAUCGCCAACUACAUCAUGACAGUUUUCCAUGGCAUGAUUCUUUGGACCCUUAUUUACUUCCUUGUCUUUUACUACCAAGCGGUCAAGUCCUACUCUGUUGUCAUCUCUGCCGUCGCCGCCCUUCCCGAGACCCUAACUGUCGCCCCCGCCGCCAUGGCCGUCGGCAUCAUUGCCGGCACCACGGGAAGAUAUCGCUGGUCCAUCUGGGCAGGCUGGAUCAUUACCACACUUGGCGCUGGACUGCUCUGCCUCAUGCGACCAGAGACCACCAUUCCUGCAUGGAUCUGGCUCAACAUUCCCAUUGGCCUGGGAACGGGCAUGCUCUUCCCGGCCAUGGCACUCUCGAUUCAGGCGGCAUGUGAGCCGGCUCUCAACGGACAGGCCGUGGCAUUCUACUCGUUCCUUAGGACCUUUGGCCAAUCCAUCGGCGUGGCAGUAUCGGGAGUCAUUUUUCAGAAUGCGUUCCGCGAGAGACUGGCAGACAUCCCGAGCCUAGCGCACCUCGCCGAUGAGUACUCACGCGAUGCGACUAUCGUAGUGGAGAUCAUUAAGUAUAUGCCGAUGAGUUCCACGCGCAUAGAACUGGUAGAGGCGUAUUGCGACGCGCUAAGAGCGGUUUGGAUUACCCUCAUUGCGUUUUCUGCGUUCUGCAUGCUGGUGAGCGCAACCGUCAAGAGGUACAGCCUUGAGCAGGAGCAUGUUACGGAACAGAGGCUCGUUGUGAGUGAUGAAAGCUCCACAGAAAAGGCAGGUAACCAGAGGGAUGUGGAAAGGGGGGGAGAGUAA